ACUGCCUCAAUUACAGAAGAAGAAGAAGAAGACUGUCUGCUCGACCUCGUCUAACUUGGAGACACUUGUACUUUUUGCGCUCAUUGCCUUGACUUGAGACAUGCAUUGUAAUUGGAAGUUGAAGAAAUAAGUUUUGUUUAGUUUAACUUGUAAAGACAAAGCAGUUUGAGGACUUCUCCGUGGCUCACCUUGGUGUUUUCCAGCACUCUUUUGUUGCAGACAGAUGCCUCUUCCUCCUUACGUGAGAGCGAAACAUAACCAUCUUCAUAGUUUACCACUAAGCGCUUAAUUAAUAAGGAGAAAAUACUUGUCCCAUAUUUGCUUCUUUCUGCGCUGUGCAUUUAAUCUUUCCAAGUGGUGAUCACCUCACCAUGGCCGAUGAAUCAGAUCCCUACACCUUCACCACCGACACUCUGCCCACUGACCCCCGCUUCCUCCCUCCACUGGCCAACGGCAAGCUGGGCUGGAGGGUUUACAAUAACAUCAUGCACAUGGACGGUGUGUAUAAUGGGGAGGGAGGACUCUGUCACCGGGCGGACGUCCCCUCUCCUCUCGCUGUGAGCCUUGAGAUGGAGGAGCCGGCCCAACACACAUACAGCCUGGACACCCACCAAGGCAUUUUUACACAUACUCUCAGCACUGCCAACGUAACUGCGUCACAGUCUUUGUACGCACACCGGUACUACUCCAACAUGAUGGUCAUGGAGAUUUUGCUGGUGCGUCAAGUGACGUCAGAAGAGCCAAUCACUGUGAAGCUGGUCAGUUCUUUCACACCUGAGAGCAAAGACAUUGUUUUCCAGCCUGCUCCUGAUUACAGAGGUGGAAGGCACAUCCAGGGACAGACGACUACCGCCGAGGUCCCAGGAGGUUCCUGCACCAGUGUGCACCUUAUUUGGACCCCCAUAACCUCCAGUUUGACUUUGUUAGCAGAACAAAGCCAGUCUCGCUGGGGCUUCAUACUGGUUGCGACCAACAGUGCACAGAGCGCGAAGGCCAGUUUUGACGAGGGCUUGGGUCUGAUGGCUUCUGGUAACCUGCGUCCUUCUCACCAGCAGGCCUGGAGGGAGCUGUGGAUUGAGAGCACGGUGGAGCUGGCUGGGAAUGAGACCCUCAGCAAGGCUGUGAUUGGCUGCAUGUUCUACCUCCUCAGUGCUUUCCCUUCCUUGCAUGACACCUCCAACCUUUUCGGUGGAGUCAGUCCAGGGGGGCUGUCAAAUGGUGGGGAUGGUCAGGACUACUGGGGCCAUGUUUUCUGGGACCAGGACAUUUGGAUGUAUCCUGGCAUAGCUCUUUUCUACCCCAAGCUAGCUCAGGCUGUGCUGGAGUACAGGGUGCGAACCAUUGACGGUGCUAAGGAUAACGCUGAAAAGCAGGGCUACAAGGGCCUAAAAUUCCCAUGGGAGAGUGCUGUGACAGGGAGGGAGGUGUGUCCGGAGGACAUUUACGGCGAACAGGAAAUUCACAUCAAUGGAGAUGUCACUCUGGCCUUUCAACAUUACCUCUACCUUACUCAGGAUCUGUCCAUGUUCACCAAAGGACGAGGCAGUGAAGUGAUUUGGGGUGUCGCUGACUACUGGGUGUCCAGAGUAACCUGGAGCCCCGAGGAACAGAGCUACCACCUCUUAGGUGUCAUGCCACCUGAUGAGUACUACUACAAUGUCAACAACUCUGUGUACACAAACACUGUGGCCAAAUUCAGUCUCCAGUUUGCUGUCGAGUUGGCUGAACUCCUCCAGUACCCUGCGCCUAAAGAGUGGCAAGAAGUGGCUGAACAAAUUAAAAUACCUUUUGAUGAAGAAUCAAACUACCAUCCUGAGUAUGAUGGCUACGUAAAAGGCUACCCGGUGAAGCAGGCAGACACAGUGAUGCUGGGCUAUCCUCUUGGCUUGCCAAUGUCCCCCGAGGUCAGAAAAAAUGACCUUGAGCUAUAUGAGCCAGUGACAGACCCUCAUGGUCCAGCCAUGACUUGGGGCAUGUAUGCUGUGGGCUGGCUGGAGCUGGGGGAGGCUGAGAAAGCUCAGCAGCUACUGGAAAGGUGCUUCAAUAACAUCCAGGGGCCAUUCCAGGUGUGGAGUGAAUCAUCAGACGGUUCUGGUGCAGUCAACUUUCUCACUGGCAUGGGGGGAUUUCUGCAGGCUGUGCUGUUUGGUUACUCUGGCUUCAGAAUUAGGAAGGAAUGCCUCUCCUUUUCCCCAAUUCUCCCUACUGACAUUUCUGAGCUUCGCAUUCGUGGUGUGAGUUACCUGGGUAAUAAGAUGGACUGGAUGUUGAGGGGAGAUGAAGUUUGUAUCAUACUGAGGAAACAAGUCACCAAGUCCAAGAAUGCCAAGCGCUGUGAUCUACAGGUUGUCCUGAAGGCAUCAGGAACUAAAAUCCCCCUCAUACCAGAUCAGCCAGUAACUUUUCACCGAGAGGCCGGCCACAUCUGUGAACUGGACUCGGCAAAUUCCUGCUGGCCCAUGUAAGACUGGAAGGAGGACCCUCAUCCAGGGCUGGGCCAUAUGGACCAAAUCUGAUAUCACAAUACUUUGGACCAAAUACCUCAAUAUCGAUAUUGUGAUGAUAUUGUAGGGAUGACUAUUGGUGCUUUCAUAUUUACACACACAAGACAUUUUUUUUUAUAAACACUCAUUACUAAGGAAGACAACACUUUACCAUAUCACAACAUCCAAAAUCCCAGCUUUUUUUUUUUUUAUCGCAAUAUCAAUAUAUCACCCAACUUUACCCUCAUCUGACAUUAAAUAUUCCAUAUAGUAGCAUUUAACAGAUUAAGAGAUGUUGCAUAAAUAGCAUUACAUAAUGUACUAUCCUGCACUGUAUGUUGCUAGUCACUUGAAUGGCCAUGGACAAAAUGAGCAAUAUGAUUCAAAUGUGAGGCCAAGACUGG